AUGUCUUCUCAGUUUUCCGGAAAGGUAUACGUAAUCACUGGCGGUGCGUCCGGCAUUGGCUUCUCGACCGCAAAGGUUCUGCUUAGCCGAGGCGCAAUCGUGGCUCUCUGCGACAUCAAAAAAGAUGGAUUGGACAAGUUCCGAGAGGAGACGCAAGAGAAUGACAAAGAGAGAGUGUUUAUACGCGAAGUAGAUAUAACCGAUCGCGCGGCCGUCAGAUCCUUCAUCUCUGUUGUGAAGGAUAAAUUCCACCGAAUCGACGGGUGCGCCAACAUUGCCGGUACGGCAGGCUGUCGUCUUGGGCACGAUGCCAUCUGGGAUGUUAGCGACGAGCAGUACGACUUUGUCAUGGACAUCAACACCCGUGGUGCCUUCAACGUGCUCAGCGAAACGCUCAGGCCUGGGACGAUGGAAGAGCCGGGCAGCGUUGUGCACGUAUCGAGUAUGUACGGCGAGCGCGCGUUUCGAAAAGGCAGCAUUUACAGCGCCAGCAAACAUGCCGGGAUAGGGCUCGCCAAGAGCGCCGCCGUAGAGGCAGCCAAGCGUGGCAUCCGAGUGAACAUCGUGACGCCUGGGCCAAUUGACACUCCUAUGCUUCGUUCGAACCAGGAACACGGCGGCGAAGGCACGGCUCCGGAUGUGCCAACUGGUCGACUCGGGGAGUCGGAGGAGGUCGCAAACAUCGUCAUCUUCCUCUUGAGCUCAGAAGCGAGUUACGUCACUGGGGCUACCUGGGCAGUGGAUGGAGGCGCCAACUGCUAG